ACGAGACGGGCCGUCUUCCAGUACGCGGCUCGUGGGCACGAGGUAAACGCGGCGAUUACCGGAUCGGCAAUCGGAAUGGAGUGACGCGUGAGAAGUGAGAUCAGCCGUUUGUUGUCUCCAGUCCGAUUGUCAGGAACGCAGCAGUAUGUACGGUUUUGUGAAUUACGCCCUCGAGCUCCUGGUCGUGAAGACCUUCGGCAACGAAACGUGGGAGACGAUAAAAAAAGAUGCGGCAGUUAAUAUGGAAGGACAGUUUCUGGUACGACAAAUCUACGAAGAUGAAAUUACGUAUAAUUUGAUAUCCGCUGCUGUCAAUAAGCUUAAUAUUCCAGCCGAUGAAAUACUUGAAUUAUUUGGUCGAAUGUUCUUCGAGUUCUGCCAAGAUUCCGGUUAUGACAAGAUUCUUCAAGUUCUUGGAGCAACACCUAGAGAUUUUUUGCAGAAUCUGGAUGCGCUUCAUGAUCAUUUGGGUACGUUAUAUCCGGGCAUGAGGGCACCAUCGUUUAGAUGUACAGAAAGACCAGAGGAUGGUGCGCUUAUCUUGCAUUAUUAUUCGGAUCGACCUGGUUUGGAGCAUAUCGUUAUUGGAAUUGUUAAGACGGUCGCGAAAAAACUGCACGGUACGGACGUUGACAUGCAGAUAGUGAAGACUAAAAGCGAAUGCGAUCAUGUGCAAUUUCUCAUAACUGACACAUCAGGGCCAGGAGUUGUAUCAAAUCCUAUGAUCGCUGAGCUGGAAACAUUGUCUGUUGAGCCAAGGGUCAGUCCAACGACAUUUUGUCGAGUUUUUCCAUUUCAUCUAAUGUUUAAUCGGGACCUUACGAUAGUUCAAACCGGAUGUACCAUAACUCGUGUUAUACCGCGCGUCUGCAGUGGUCAUUGCAAACUAAACGACAUUCUCUUAACUGUCAGACCGCACCUGGAAUUAACAUUCGAGAAUAUAUUGUCGCAUAUUAAUACGGUAUAUGUGUUAAAAACGAAGGGAGUUAUGCGUGUCGAUGCUUCAGAGGAGUAUUCUAAUUUACGUUUAAAGGGACAAAUGUUGUAUAUACCUGAGACCGAUUUAGUCAUCUUUCUGUGUUAUCCAAGUGUUAUGAAUCUGGAUGACUUAACCAGGCGAGGUCUGUAUUUGAGCGACGUCCCUCUGCACGACGCCACUCGAGAUCUGGUCCUGAUGUCGGAGCAAUUUGAGGCGGAUUACAAACUGACGCGCAACUUGGAAUUACUCACCGAUAAGCUGCAACAGACGUAUCGCGAGCUCGAUGGCGAGAAGCAGAAGACCGACAGGUUGCUUUACUCGGUGCUUCCUAUUUCGGUGGCGAACGAGCUCAGGCAUUCAAGACCGGUACCGGCAAAAAAGUACGAUUGCGUUACCCUUCUCUUCUCCGGUAUAGUCGGUUUUGGAGCUUAUUGCGCCGCUCACACAGACUCCAACGGCGCUAUGAAAAUCGUUAACAUGCUCAAUGAAUUGUACACAGCUUUCGAUGUGUUGACUGAUCCGAAAAAAAAUCCCAACGUGUAUAAGGUGGAGACUGUCGGUGAUAAAUAUAUGGCAGUGAGUGGAUUGCCGGAACCCUGUCGUUGUCAUGCACGAUGCAUCGCCCGUCUAGCGUUGGACAUGAUGGAUCUCGCGGCGGACGAAGUGCAGAUCGAUGGAGAACCCGUGAAAAUUACAAUUGGUAUACAUAGUGGAGAAGUUGUUACUGGCGUAAUUGGUCAUCGUAUGCCUCGUUAUUGUUUGUUCGGAAAUACUGUAAAUCUUACAAGUCGAACAGAGACCACCGGCCAGCCUGGAAAAAUUAACGUUUCGGAAGACGCUUACAGGUAUCUUUGCAUGCCAGAAAAUCAAGAUCCGCAGUUCCUUUUGGAAUACAGAGGUCCUGUUUCAAUGAAAGGAAAAUCCGAGCCUAUGAACGUGUGGUUCCUGUCCAGAGAAAGAGAACUGACAUCGUAAAUCGUUACAGCAAUGAAUUUUAUAGCAAUAAUUUCGAGAAAUCAGUUUGAUGAUUAAAAUUGAUGUAUCGUUACAAGUAAAAUUCGUAUAUUUAUUUAAAGAAGUUAAUAAUUAAGACAAAGUAUUAACAAUGAGUAUAUUCUAUGUAAAAGACUCUCAUGACCAUGUACUAUAUGUUUAAUUAUAUGCGGAAAAGUUUAUAAAGAGUUUAUUGUAUUAGGACAUUAUUAUCGAUAUUCCAUGAUUGUUCUCAAGUAAAUUAUAAAAUCGAGCAACAACAUUUUAUCUUCGGCCCGACCGACUGUUCAGCAAUUGUGAAUGUACAAGGCAAUCAAAUAUAAUCGUUAUUUAUUUGGCGACAUUA